AUGUUACCGCAACAAUGGGCAUCUCCAUGCGGAAAACAAUGCACCAAUAAAUACGCAGCCCUCACCAAACUUCCAUGGCGAGUUUUCUGCAAAAAAGGAUGUGGUUCAGAUGGAGACACAUGGGAGGAAUGUUUGGAGGACUGUAAUCAACUAUGCUACAAAGAUCCUGUACUAAAGGACCAAAAAUGGAGUGCUUAUAUUGAUCGUUCUCCUGGAUCUGCCAGUUAUUCAGAGGAAUGUUUCCAUGCUUGUGUAUCUGGCUGUGGUUACAAGUUUGAAGUUAAACCAGAUGAGGCUGAUAAAGUCAGUCCCAACAGGCCACCGAAGCCUGAGCCUGAGUCUGUUCAGAAGCCGAAGCGAAAACAUGUAGAUCACAUCCAUCCGCCUGAUAUACCAGACACCUCUGCAUAG